CUUUCAGAUGCUGUUUGUGAAGCUGCGGGUUCAUUGUGAGGAGCGCAGUGCAGACGGCAGACGGGUGAUGGACGAAUCAAAGCUCUCUGGAGCUCUCUGAAGAACACUUCAACAUGGAUCCAACAGACAGCGAAAGCCAGAGAGUGGAUGUCAUCAGGACCGUGGAUCUGUCUCUACUUCCGUACCCUCUCCCUCGUCCCGCCGGCAUGAUCGACCUCAACAGGCUGCGGCUGCGUCGCAUCAUAGCGGUGAAACAAGAGACGGUGAAACCCCUCCCUCUCUGGCCUCCCUCUCACCUCCUCAUGCGCUGCCCGCCCUCAUUCUUGCCCCCUUUCCAUCCCAGUCUAGUCCCGUUUCCAUUCCUCCUGCCCGGCUCCGUUCCGCACCUCUCCCCGAACCCCUUCUACCGGAGCGAGACGCCGAGGCAUCGCCGCAGAGGCCAAGAGGGUGGCCGCGCCGUCGCCGAGAAGCCGGGCCUGAACGUGCACGUGGACGACAGCUACUACGUUGACGUGGGAGGCAAUCAGAAGCGCUGGAAGUGUCGCAUGUGUGAGAAGUCGUACACCUCCAAAUACAACCUGAUCACUCACAUACUGGGACACAACGGCAUCAAACCUCACGGCUGCCGGCUCUGCGGCAAACUCUUCAAACAGCUUAGUCACCUGCACACGCACAUGCUGACGCAUCAGGGCGCCCGGCCGCACAAAUGCCAGGUGUGCCACAAAGCCUUCACGCAGACCAGCCACCUGAAGAGACACAUGAUGCAGCACAGCGACGUCAAACCCUUCAGCUGCGGUGUCUGCGGCCGGGGAUUCGCCUACCCCAGCGAGCUGCGAGCCCACCAGCUGAAACACGACAGGGGUCGAGAGAACGUCUGCGUGGAGUGCGGCCUGGACUUCCCCACGCUGGCCCAGCUGAAGAGGCACCUGGCGGCUCACCGCGGCCCGGCGCAGUACGACUGCAGUGACUGCGGCAAGAGCUUCCAGUAUCCCAGCCAGCUUCACAAUCACACCAUGAAACACAAAGACAUCCGGCCAUUCAUCUGCAGCGAGUGCGGGAUGGAGUUCGUCCAGUCGCAUCAUCUCAAGCAGCACACGCUCACACACAAGGGUGUGAAGGAGCACAAGUGUCGCAUCUGCGGUCGUGAGUUCACGCUGCUGGCCAACAUGAAGCGUCACGUUCUGAUUCACACCAACGUGCGAGCGUACCAGUGUCACCUGUGCUACAAGAGCUUCGUCCAGAAACAGACGCUGAAGGCUCACAUGAUCGUCCACUCGGACAUCAAACCCUACAAAUGCAAGCUGUGUGGAAAGGAGUUCAACAGAAUGCACAAUCUGAUGGGUCACAUGCACCUGCAUUCUGACAGCAAACCCUUCAAAUGUCUUUACUGCGCCAGCAAGUUCACGCUGAAAGGAAACCUGACGCGUCACAUGAAGGUGAAACACGGCAUCAUGGACCGAGGUCUGGACGCUCGAGCCUUCAGGCGGCGAGGGCGUCUCUGUCUCUCCGGCCCGCUGCGGAUUCUGACCCGCUCCGGUCAGGAAGAACCCUUUGAUCUGUCACGGAAGAACCACGGCCGGAUCCGCCUGUCUCAGUCUGACGGCGAGAGCGUCCGCGGCGAGAGUUCCAGCCGUGAGGAAGAUGAAGAUAGUCUGUACAGAAUGAGUCAGUACAGUCCUGCCAUCUGCAAUCCAGAGACUCGAGAGGCGGACGAUGAUGACGGUGAAGAGGAAGACGAGGAGGAGGAGAAGAAGAACUUCUCUGAUGGACAGCUGUACAGAAACUGACAAGCACACUGUGAAAAAUGUAUAGAAAUCUGUGAAAAUAUCUCGCUCUCGGAAGUGUGAAGGUUUAAUCUGUUCUAUAUGAAAUUAAUAUAAUUUUUACAAGAGUAGUGAUGUUGUAUGUGUAUUUUGCACUUUCUUUGUAAAAGCUAAUAAUGCUGAAUGCCUUCAGUGGAGGUGAAUGUGUUUGACAUGUUCAGGCUUGAGUGCUGACAGUUUGAUUAUGAUUGACAUGUGUCAGCACAAUAAUCUCUACUUGAUCAUAAAUGAUAUGAUUUUCAUUUGUCAAUCAAUCAGUAUGUAUGCUCAAUAAAUUCAUUUAAAAUACACACUGUGAA